AUGACAUCAACGGUCCUCAUCAGCUUCCUGGCCUGUCUGCUCCUGGUCAAUUUGAAAGUUGAAGGCCAGGUGGGUUAUUCUAAAGCUCGGUGCCUGUGUCUGAAUGGAAUGGUGAACCACGUUAAGCCUCUUCUCAUUGAGAAGCUUGAGGUGUACCCCUCCAGCCACUCCUGUCAGAACAUAGAGAUCAUUGUCACUCUGAAGAACGGAAAAGGGAAGAAGUGUCUGAAUCCAGAGGCUCCAUUUGCCAAGAAAACCAUUCAGAAAAUAAUGAAAAACCAAAGGAGUGUGCAGUAAAUCUAUGAACUAAUGACAACAAUUCCAUUGGGAACUUGAUGGAACAGAGAGCACCAUGAGAGAGAGCUAAUCCUGAUGAAUUACCACAGUUCAGUCAAUGCACUGAAG